AUGGCUUGGAACAGAAACGAAGUUUUUCUUGAACACAAAGCCAAUGGAGUAAGUGAGGAGGCAGCUACUAAGACUUAAGAGCUAAUGUUUGAGCUUACUUUGUAACUUUUAUUUUGGCAAAAGUACUUGAAAGAAGAGAAUCAAAGCAGGCAGACUUGGAAGGAGACUAUUACAAGAUCCAUGGAGAUGGAGAUAUCUUUGAGAAUACUGAGAAUGGGAUCUCAAGCAUCAUGUUGCAAUUGCAAGUAGGAAGAAUAGAAUUAAGCAGGAUCACUUAAUUUUGAAAAAGGCGGAAAUAAUUCUAUAAAUAACUUAAAUAAUGCUCCAGUUUAAAACUCUAAAUUGCCCUAAAAGAGAUAAUCAACAAAGCCCUUCGCUUAUAAUAAGGUAGAAACUGGGGAUGAUAUUGUGAGCAAGCAUAUCAAAUUGCUUGCAACGACUGAAGAGAAAUCGUAAAGAAAUGGAAAAGUGCAAGUUGAAUAGUUUACUUGUAACGAACCAGUAUAGGAAAGAUUUGAGCUUAGUCGAAGGGGUACAAAAACUAAAAUGGAUCAACAAUAGCAGCAUUAAUAAGAGUUCUCAUAUAUUCAAAGUAGGAAUCAAAAUCCUUAACUAUCAGAGGAAUAAUAACCACAGAUACUGCAGAAGAAUAAUACUUUUCAAAAAAACGAAAAGUCUUUAGAAGAAAUUCCUCAAAAUUAGCACAUAGGUGGGAUGAUAAAUUUUCAAUCUAAUGUUGUCUUUGCUAAGGCUAAUACAGAAAUGCUUCAUAAAGCUUUUAUGGCUGUAUCUAAUAAUAUGAACCCUAGAAUCUUAGAUCCCAAUUGGCUUUAAACAUUUGAGAUAUAAAAACUUUAGAAAAAGGAGAUUUUUUCAGAGGUAUAUGAAAUUAAAAUGCUAACUGGAAAUAAGGAUAAAAGAUUAUUGAGAAAAAUAAAAAAAGUUGUUUUCAAUAAAAAUUAAUCUGGUAUUGAGGAUUUUAGAUUUUCACUGGAAGAGUUACUCUUAUUAGAUCAUCCAAACAUUGCUUAACUUUUUGACUACAAAGAAGACUUGUUCAAUUUUUACCUAAUGAUUGAAUUUUGUGAAGGUGGUAAAUUAUUUGACAAAAUAGAGUAACUGGAGUAGAUCAGUGAGAAUCUAGCAGCUGAGAUUUGCAGAUAAAUUUUGUCAACAAUUGUGUAUCUUCAUUCAAAAUCAUAAGUUUAUCGCAACUUAAGUCCAGAAGUACUCUAUUUAGAAGUGGAAGAAGAGUUAAAGGGAGAGUCUUUCAAUUUGAAAGUGAUAGAUAUGGAUCUGUAAUAAGCUCACGCACUCUCAAAUACUUAAACAUAUUCAGUGCCACUUUAUUUUUUGUCUCCUGAAUCGUUAAAUUAAAAAGUUAUAAAUGAGAAGUUGGAUGUAUGGGCCUGUGGUGUAAUAUUACUUAUCUUAUUGACUGGCAUUCCACCAUAGCAAUCCUUUGGGAUGAAUCCUACAAUUAUUAUAAAAAAUCUAUAUUAAGGAGAGAUUGAUUAUUAGCAUCCAAGUUACUCAGAUUUGCAGACAAAUGCCUUAGAAUUUAUGUAAAAGCUUCUAAACCCUGAUCAUGAAAAAAGGAUUAAAGCAGUAACUGCUCUAAAUGAUAAAUGGCUACUAAAUCUCACAAGAUCCAGGAGAUCCAUCUCAAAAAAGUACCUUAAGCCAGAUAUGGCAAACGAUGUAAAAAGAUUUAUUGCUGAAAUAUAAUUUUACCAAAAGGUUAGCUUGCUUGUUCAAGCAAUAAACAUGCUUAAUGAUGAAGAAAGAUUGUUGAAUACUGUUUUUAAUGAAAGGGACAUCAAGAAUUAGAGUUAUCUGAAGUUUGAAAUAGUGAAGAGUAUGUAUUUGGAUUACUUAGGAGAAAUUAAAAAUAAUGUAGAAGUUGAAAAAAUUUUUAGGGAUUGCCCGAAGAGAUCUGAUAACAACGUCUCUUAUUCUGAAUUCACAUCAUUUAUAAACAAACAGUGUCUGGAGACAAAAAAGCAAGAACUAAGAGAUAGUUUCUAAAAAUAUGAUUUAAUCAGACUCCAAACUUCAAAAGAAUUUAGAAAAGGAAUCAUGAAUCAUUCAGAGGUUAAUAGAAUGCUAGCUGUAGUGCUUACUUGUAAUAACUAAUGUGAGAGUUUUAUCCAUGAAUAUGAUAGAGAUUAAGACGGCAAUUUGACCAUAGAAGAAGUUAUUGACUUGGUAGUUCAUAUUGCAGAAAAUCAGGUGUAAAUAUGA